AUGGCUACGAGCAAUAGUGUCACACGCAAACGUAAACAGUUCUCGAUUGUUGAGAAGAUCGAGUUUAUAGACAAGAUAAAGGCUAGUCAAUCCCGUACAUCGAUAAUAAAGGAAUUAGGUGUCCCCGAAGGUACGCUAAGAGGGUGGCUAAAAGAUGAAGAAAAGCUACGAACAGCAAUAUCGGAAAUGGACACCCCAGACCAGAAACGCAAACGGUUUAAGGGUGCUAAUGAUACUGAACUCGAUAAAGCAGUAAUAACCUGGUUCACACAGGCGCGUACCGAAGGUAUGCCCAUAUCUGGCCCCAAUAUACAACACCAGGCCCUAAAAUUCAACAAAAUGUUACACCCUGAAAACAACUCGUUCGAGGGCAGCACCGGAUGGUUGCGCAACUUCAAACACUGCCAUGGUAUAAAGCAAGUAACCAUCCGGGGUGAGGAGCGUUCUGCGGACACAGAAGCAGCUGAAGCGUACCCGGAAGAGCUCCGAAAAAUGAUUGAAGAUCAAGGUUACAUUGCGUCGCAGGUAUAUAACUGCGACGAAACGGGACUCUACUACAAAAUGCUACCCGACAAAAGCCUCGCACAGUCGAGUGACAAUAAAAAAACACUCGGCUUCAAGCAAAGCAAGAACAGACUCACCGCUCUGCUAUGCUGCAAUGCGUCGGGUACCCACAAGCUCCAGCCACUGAUCAUCGGGAAGUACGAAAAACCGCGUUGCUUCCACCAUGUCAAUCUAAAAACGCUACCAGUCCACUACGACUUCUCGAGUAACGCGUGGAUGACGGGGGCAAUAUUUGAAGACUGGUUCCACAAGAAGUUUGUGCCUGAAGUUAGGAAGUAUCUUCGUCAGAAGAAACUCCCACUGAAGGCGCUCCUUGUGGACAACUGCGCCGCCCAUCCUAAGGAUCUCAAGUCGCGGGAUGGACAGAUAGUCCGCGGGAUGGACAGAUAG